UUCCCCUCAAUUUCUUCUGUAUAAUUGUUGUUUAUUUUUCUUUAUCUCAGCAGAAAAUUCUAUAUGGCGACGUCGGUAGAACCAAACGGCGGCGUUUUACUCGAUUCUUCCGGUGGAGUUGCCGCCAAUAGUAGUGUUGCUUUGACGGUGAAGAAACCGCCGGCGAAGGACCGGCAUAGUAAAGUCGAUGGAAGAGGAAGACGUAUAAGGAUGCCAAUUGUUUGUGCUGCUAGGGUUUUUCAGCUUACUCGUGAAUUAGGUCAUAAAUCUGAUGGACAAACAAUUGAAUGGCUGUUACGUCAAGCUGAACCUUCGAUUAUAGCAGCUACUGGUACUGGUACUAUACCUGCUAGCUUCUCUACUGUUUCAGUUUCCUUACGAAAUUCCGUUUCUUCUGUUUCUGUUUCUGCUCCGAUGGAUAAUAACAACAAGUCGUCGCCGUCGUUGUUACAUCCGUUGAUUUCUCCGGCGCCGUUUUUACUCGGGAAGCGUUUACGGUCUGAGGAUGUUGAUAACGGAAGUGGUGAUAAGGAUGUGGGUCCUACUGCUGGAUUUUGGGCUGUUCCUGCUAGGUCGGAUUUUGGACAAGUUUGGAGUUUCGCUGCACCGCCGCCGGAGAUGGUGGUGCCGACACAUUUGAAUUCGCAGCCGUCGAGAUUUCUUCAGCAGCAGAUGGAAGAGGCAUCAGCUGGUAGAGUUGGGAAUUACUUUCCUAUAGCUCAAGGGCAUCUGAAUUUGCUAGCUUCUCUGUCGGGUUCGGGUUCCGUACCAGCUUCAUCAGGGAGAAGAGACGACGAUGGACAAUGAAGAUAUGAAGUAUUUGAUAUUUAUGAUAUGUAUAAAUUGAGUAUUGUUGGUUCUUGUUUGUUGUAUUGUUAAUUUUUUAGGGAUUAGAUAGUGUAGUGAGAGUGAGAAAUGGAGGUAGGUUUUGUUGCAAUUUGUUGAAUUAUUGCUAGGAUUAGAGUGUUUGUUUGUUCGUUCGUUAGUUCGUUUAAGAAGAAGAGAUGCAAGAAUCCAAGGGAGUUUCUUGUGAUCAUGAAUUUGUUUGGAAUUACCACUACAAGCACAGAACUACUCAAUAAGUGCUUGACCAUUUUCAAUAAGAUAAUGGUGAGUGGAGAAGAUAGGUAUUUGUGUGUGGUCUACGAAAACUUGUAGUCCACAUGAAUGUUUUUUGUAACGAAACCAUGGAGGUUUCUGAUGAAUUGAAUUCUGUAAUUUGUUGAAACUUACUUUAAGUGUGAGAUAAUCUCUCAAACUCAAUUGAGUGUUAUGGAAUUUGUUCCUUAGAUA